AUGGCUCCGGGGGCGGAAGCGGUGGUGGUAGCCGAAUGCCUAAAGCGGACGCUGGAACCAAGCGCACACAUACGACGAAUUGCAGAAAAUGACCUGAAGCAAAUGGAGCAGUUACCUGGAUUUGGCAUGGUUUGUCUUGAUCUUAUAUUCGAUCAACAAAUGAUUCCAGCAGUUGUAUUGGCGUCAGCAGUAUCACUCAAGAAUUUCGUCAGAGAGAACUGGAAUAAGGAAAAGUGUUUGGUUGAAAUAAACGAUUCAGAACGAACACAGCUGCGAUCGAGGGCACUAGAAAGUAUGCUUAGCACUUCAGGAAAUAUUCAGAAGCAGUUGUCGCAGGUGGUGUUUGUUAUGGGAAAGCAUGACUUUCCUGAAGAAUGGCCCGAUCUAAUCACAAUUUUAGCCCAGAAUCUAACGGGAAUUGAUCCAGAUAAACUUACGGCGACGUUAUAUACACUGGAUGAGCUCUGUAAGAAAUACAGAUAUGAGGUGAAGUCAAAUAGAUUAUGGCAGGAACUGGUCAUUGUCCUGCAGGCGGUAGCAGCACCAUUAACUGAUUUAUUUGCAAAAAUGAUAGAAUGUAUCCCAAAUAAGGAGAUGAUGUCAGAAGCAGAAUGUCAGUCAUGGAUUGAAGUUACUACUCUGGUUACAAAAUGUUUUCAUUCUCUUUGUUCACAAGAUUUGCCGGAAUAUUUCGAGGAUCACUUAAGUACAUGGAUAAACGGUUUUAUGGCGCUACUGAGAUUACAAAUUUCUCAAUUGGAUGCCAAAAGUAUCGAUUCAGAAGCUAAUAUUCUGGACAAGCUGAAGUGUUGUAUCUGUGAAAUUAUCACCCUUUACUCUCAGCGAUACGAAGAAGAAGUAAUGCCUUUCAUGAUGCCCAUCGAUGAGAGUGCAACUGCACCAGAAAAAACAGAACAACGAUGCUGGUUAAUAGAAUGCGUUUGGCAGCUACUUGUUUCAAUCGAUCAGAAAGCAAGGUAUGACACCAUAGUAAAUGCAUCGCUUGGCUUUCUGUCCUCAAUUUGCCAUCGAUCUCAGUAUUCAGCAAUUUUCGAGCAUGAGGAGAUGUUAAAAAUACUAUAUGAAGAUGUGAUAAUUAAGAAUGUGAUGCUAAGGAAAUGCGAUUUUGAGCUUUUCGAGGAUGAUCCUUUUGAGUAUAUGAGAAAAGAUAUUGAAGGCUCUGAUAUUGGUACUCGACGCCGCGGAGCAAGUGAUUUCCUGAGAGCACUUUGCCGCAGACCUGACGAAUCUCGAAUUUUGGGCAUCUUAUCGGGGGUAUUACAAUCAUUUUUGGAAGAAAGUGUAGCAGAUCUCACUAAUAACUGGUUGAAGAAGGAUGUCGUUUAUUGUCUGAUAACAGCAGUUGCAGUAAAAGCGGAGACCGUAAAGCAUGGUGCAACUGUUACAAGUGAUCUCGUUGAUGUAGUCGAUUUUUAUCAGGUGCACGUAUAUAGUGACCUAUUUAUGGAUAAUAUUAAUGCAUUACCAAUAUUAAAAACUGAUGCACUGAAGUACGUUGUCGUGUUUCGGAAUCACUUACGUCCAGACCAUUUGAUAGAAGUCAUCAGUGCAUUUCUGAAAUUACUCUCUUCGCGGCAUGCAAUUUUGCACCAGUAUACUGCUUAUGCUCUCGAAAGACUUAUGCUUGUGAGGAACAAGGAAACCGGAAAGGUUCUGUUAACGCAUGAGAAUAUGCCAGUGGGUCCAUUGAUCGUUGCUUUAUUUGCUUGUUUUGAAACCGAUCCGAAAGCGCAGAACUCACAUUACCUCAUGAAGGCUUUGAUGCGUUGCUUCAACGUUAUUGAUAUGGAAACAGCAAAAAGUUCUGCCCACAUUGUUGACAAAUUGGCCACCAUGAUUGGCGUUGCUGUAAAAAAUCCAGUCAAUCCGUUGCAUCUUCAUUUUGUCUUCGAGUCACUAUGUGUGCUGAUCAGGCAGGUUUACGCAGUAGUGGAUGGUGGUGUUGAUAAGCUCGUAGUGCCUCUUAUAGAAAGUAUUUUUUCUUCAGACGCUAUUGAUUUUGUGCCAUAUGCGCUACAAAUUACAGCUCUUUUGUUGGAUCAGGCUGAAGCACAGAAACAAAAGACAGGUACCUCCUGCGUGGAUAGCUACUUACCUUUCUUUGGUAAUCUCAUGAAAGGCGAGUUGUGGCUGCGAACAGCGAAUAUCCCUGCUGCGUUAUUGGUUAUUGAAUCAUUUAUGCGCAGUCAUGGCAAACAUAUUUUGGAUAAUUAUGCGAACAGUCUUUUGGCAGUAUUUCAGAAGUUGAUUUCUUCGAAAGCUUUAGAUCAGCACGGUUUCCAACUGGCUAGUAUAUUCCUUCAUUAUGUAAAUCAAGCUGAUGUAUUGACGGAAUCCGCACUCUUAAUACCGAUGUUGCGACGAAUUCAGUUCACGAAAACGACAAAAUUCAUGAAAAAUUUCGUUCUCUUUCUGGCACGAUUUGCGAUCAUACGAGGAAGUAUAACUCUCUGUCAGGUUCUGGAAUCAAUACAAACGGGUAUGUUUAUGAUGGUUGUCGAGAAGAUUCUCAUUCCUGAAUUGGACAAAAUGUACAACACUACAACUUAUGAUGAAAAACGACUGUGUUGCAUUGGUUUUGCCAACCUUGCAGCUGAAACAGUGGACAAAUUAGGAUUGCAGUAUGGAAUACUGGUGGAGUCGUUAGUGCGGUUGGUGGAGACUUCCGGUUGUGGAUCAACUUUAUUGAAUGUGGACGAUAUUGAAGAACAGGGGACAGGGCUCUCUACAAUAGAAUUGGAACGAAGUGAUCCCUAUUGUAAACUGAGUUAUGCACAACAUCCAGAUACAAUUGCCGCUGAAAUUGUCAAUUUCAAAGCUUAUCUGGCGGAAGCUGUCAUGGUACGCGCUGUAAUUCUCAAGUCAGAUUCAGCAAGUUGUAUUAAUGAAGAGAUACGCAGUUUCCUUACCGGAUAUGCACAACAAGUUUGA